UCCCUCCUGCGGGCCGGGCCUGCGCGCAGGUGCGGGCACCGAGCCCCGCCCCGAGGCGGAGAACGCCCGUCCCCCGCGCCCCUGGCUGCCCAAACCCUGCGCCGCGUCCUCCGCACCCGCCAGGCGUGCAGUGCCCGCGUCCGCGUCGGUCAGUCGGUCCCUACGCGCCGCGGCCAGGACUGACGAGCUGCGAAGGGAGCGUCGGUUCCCGGCCGCGUAGACGCGGCCCCGGCCUCGGCAUGAAAUCCCGCAGGGACAAGCUGCACAUCCCGGCGCUGACCCUCGAUCUGUCUCCGAGCAGCCAGAGCCCGGCCCUGUUGAGCCCCAGCAGCCCCUGCAGCCCCUGCAGCCCCUCUCUGGGCCUGCACCCCUGGAGUUGCCGCAGCGGGAACCGCAAAAGCCUUGUAGUAGGAACGCCCUCACCGACCCUCUCUCGGCCCCUGUCGCCGCUGUCGGUUCCAACGGCAGGCAGCAGCCCACUGGACAGUCCCCGGAACUUCUCUGCCGCGUCUGCCAUCAAUUUCCCCUUUGCCCGGAGCCACCUCCCACGCAGUGACAGGGCAGACGGCAGAAGAUGGUCCCUCGCAUCCCUCCCAUCAUCUGGCUAUGGAACGAACACCCCCAGCUCCACCGUCUCGUCGAGCUCAUCCUCCCGGGAGCGCCUCCACCAGCUGCCCUUCCAGCCCACGCCGGACGAGCUGUGCUUCCUGUCCAAGCACUUCCGCAGCUCAGAGAGUGUGGCUGAUGAGGAGGGUGGCCGCUCGCCCCGCCUGCGCCCACGCUCCCGCAGCCUCAGCCCGGGCCGCACAUCGGGGAACUUCGACAACGAGAUAGUCAUGAUGAAUCACGUGUACCGGGAGAGGUUCCCCAAGGCCACAGCACAGAUGGAGGGCCGCCUGCAGGAGUUCCUGGCGGCCUUCGCACCCGGCGACCGGCUGGCGCUGGCCGAUGGCGUGCUGGGUUUCAUCCACCACCAGCUCGUCGAGCUGGCCCGAGACUGCCUGGCCAAGUCGGCUGAGGCACUGAUCACCUCCCGCUACUUCCUGGAGAUGCAGGAGAAGCUGGAGCGCCUGCUUCUGGAUGCCCACGAGCGCUCAGACAGUGAGGAAGUUGGCUUCGUGGUUCAGCUUGUGCGGAAGCUGCUUAUCAUCAUCUCGCGGCCAGCGCGGCUCCUCGAGUGUCUGGAGUUCGACCCAGAGGAGUUUUACCACCUGCUAGAGGCGGCCGAGGGCCAAGCACGUGAGGGGCAUGGCAUCAAGACAGACCUGCCACAGUACAUCAUUGGGCAGCUGGGCCUGACCAAGGACCCUCUUGAAGAGAUGGUGCCACUGAGUCACCUUGACGAUGGACAGGUCCUCACACCUGAGUCCCCGGAGAGUCGGGCCCUAAUCGGCCCUUCUCGGAGGAAGCCGUGCGAGAAUGACUUCGAGACCAUCAAGCUCAUCAGCAACGGGGCCUAUGGUGCCGUCUACCUGGUGCGGCACCGUGACACACGGCAGCGCUUUGCUAUCAAGAAGAUCAACAAGCAGAACCUGAUCCUGCGUAACCAGAUCCAGCAGGUGUUCGUGGAGCGUGACAUCCUCACCUUUGCCGAGAACCCCUUCGUGGUCAGCAUGUUCUGCUCCUUUGAGACCCGGCGCCACCUCUGCAUGGUUAUGGAGUACGUGGAAGGCGGCGACUGUGCCACGCUGCUGAAAAACAUGGGCCCGCUGCCUGUGGACAUGGCCCGCAUGUACUUUGCUGAGACGGUGUUGGCGCUCGAGUACCUGCACAACUAUGGCAUUGUGCACCGCGAUCUGAAGCCAGACAACCUCCUCAUCACCUCACUUGGCCACAUCAAAUUGACUGACUUCGGCUUGUCUAAGAUCGGGCUCAUGAGCAUGGCCACCAACCUCUACGAGGGCCACAUCGAGAAGGACGCCCGCGAGUUCUUGGAUAAGCAGGUGUGCGGGACACCCGAGUACAUUGCACCUGAAGUGAUCUUCCGCCAGGGCUAUGGGAAACCAGUGGACUGGUGGGCCAUGGGCAUCGUCCUCUAUGAGUUCCUCGUGGGCUGCGUGCCUUUCUUUGGGGACACGCCUGAGGAGCUCUUCGGCCAGGUUGUCAGUGAUGAGAUAAUGUGGCCGGAAGGAGAUGAGGCCCUUCCAGCAGAUGCCCAAGACCUCAUCACUAGGCUGCUCCGGCAGAGCCCCCUGGACCGUUUGGGCACUGGUGGUGCCCACGAGGUGAAGCAGCACCCUUUCUUCCAUGCCCUAGACUGGGCAGGGCUCCUGCGGCACAAGGCCGAGUUCGUGCCACAGCUGGAAGCCGAAGACGACACUAGCUACUUCGACACGCGCUCAGAGCGGUACCGCCACCUGGGCUCCGAGGACGACGAGACCAAUGAUGAGGAGUCGUCCACGGAGAUCCCCCAGUUCUCCUCCUGCUCCCACCGGUUCAGCAAGGUUUACAGCAGCUCUGAGUUCCUAGCUGCCCAGCCCACCCCGACCUUUGCUGAAAGGAGCUUCAGUGAGGACCGGGAGGAGGGUUGGGAGCGCAGCAGUGAGGGGGAGACCAGCCACCGGCUGAACACUGAAGUCCGCCUGCGGUCCUGGACAUCUUCUGGCUCCUCCUGCCACUCAUCUUCAUCCCAGCCUGAGCGGGGCCCCAGCCCAUCUCCCCGGAGCACCAUCAGCCUGGACACAAUGCCCAAGUUUGCCUUCUCGUCUGAAGAUGAAGCAGUGGGCCCAACCCUUGUGGGUGCCGAGAGGCCCAUCUUCAUUCUUGGGGAGCCUGACCCACUUCCAGCAGCCACCCCAGCAAUGCCCAAGGCCUCAGGCCUUUCUGCCGACACAGCUGCCCUCAGUCACGCCCGCCUGCGCAGCAACAGCACUGGUGCCCGACACUCCGCACAGUAUGCCCUGGACUCCGGGCGGGGCCGCCGCCUCGGGGGCCCUAGAGACCCAGGCCCUGAGAAGCCCAGGGCCUCCCCUAGCGGGGGCCGUGUACCCAAAUCUGCCUCGGUGUCCGCUCUGUCACUCAUAAUCACAGCAGAUGACGGCAGCAGUGGUGGCCCCCUCAUGAGCCCCCUGUCCCCGCGCUCGCUGUCCUCGAACCCAUCGUCCCGCGACUCCUCACCGAGCCGCGACCCAUCCCCCGUGUGCAGCAGCCUACGCCCCCCUAUCGUCAUCCACAGCUCAGGCAAGAAGUAUGGCUUUAGCCUGCGGGCCAUCCGCGUCUACAUGGGUGACAGUGACGUCUACACCGUGCACCAUGUGGUCUGGAGCGUGGAGGAUGGCAGCCCUGCCCAGGAGGCAGGCCUGCGAGCUGGGGACCUGGUCACCCACAUCAACGGAGAGUCGGUGCUGGGGCUGGUGCACAUGGAUGUGGUGGAGCUGCUGCUGAAGAGUGGCAGCAAGAUCGCGCUGCGGACCACAGCACUGGAGAACACAUCCAUCAAGGUGGGGCCUGCCCGUAAGAAUGUGGCCAAGGGCCGCAUGGCCCGGCGCAGCAAGCGCAGUCGCCGACGGGAGACGCAAGACCGGCGGAAGUCGCUCUUCAAGAAGAUCUCAAAGCAGUCCUCGGUGCUGCAUACCAGCCGCAGCUUCUCCUCUGGCCUCCACCACUCCCUGUCCUCUAGUGAGAGCCUCCCGGGCUCACCCACCCACAGUCUUUCCCCAAGCCCCACUACACCCUGCCGCAGCCCUGCUCCUGAUGCCCCUGCAGAAACCGCAUCCCCGCCCAGCGCAUCCCCGAGCUCCAGCAGCCCAACCUCUCCAGCCACUGCUGGCCACGCACGCCCCAGCUCCCUGCAUGGCCUGGCUGCCAAGCUUGGGCCUCCCCGCCCUAAAACCGGUCGCCGCAAGUCCACCAGCAGUAUCCCACCCUCCCCACUGGCCUGCCCGCCUGUGCCCGCAUCCACACCCCGUUCACCCUCGCCCCUGCCUGGGCACCAGUCCACAACUGCCCGUUCCCCACGCCUGCGCCGGGGCCAGUCAGCUGACAAGUUGGGCACAGGCGAGCGGCUAGAUGGGGAACUGGGGCGCCGUGGCCGCGGGCCAGAUGCAGAGCUGGUGGUCAUGCGGCGGCUGCACCUGUCGGAGCGCCGAGACUCCUUCAAGAAGCAGGAGGCAGUGCAGGAGGUGAGCUUUGACGAGCCCCCAGAGGAGGCCACUGGGCCGCCCACCUCAGUGCCACAGAUUGCUGUGGAGGGUGCCGAGGCCAUUCCAGGAGCCCUCGGAACCGCUGGCAAGGACUGACCAACCCCUCCCACCCCAGCCUCUCCUGGCCUCGAAGCUGCGCGUUUUUUUGUGCAAUGUUUUUCCAGUAAAGCGACACCCGAGUGGAGACCGAGCCACCAGCCUGAGGCACCUUGAAGGCAGGAAGUUCUCUUGGUCCUCGCUGGAAGAUGGAGACAACACUUCAUGUUCCAGUGCCAGUCGGAGCCACAGGGGCAGAAAAAAGGGGCAAGGAUGGCAUUGUAAAUAGCAGCAAGUCCCUGUGAUUAAUUUAUUACUUUUUAUAAGCGAUUGCCAGACUGAGCCCUCCUGCGCUGGUGGCUUCCCUAGCCCUGCCCCUCACACCUGGGACCCUGUUUGCAGACUCUGCCUCCUGAGAUGAGAAGGAAGCACUUUGGACGAGUCGUGUGUGUUCUUGUGUUCCAGUUUUUCUGUAUUUUUUUAAAUGUUUGUGUGUGUUCCCUGGCCUCUCCCCCACCCAAGACCCACCAAUUUGAGGGGACCUGGCUGAGCUUACCUUGUCUGGACCCAGGUCGGGCAUGACUUGGAAAGUUCGUAAAUGCUUCCCUUUCCCUAUAAAACGAUGUAACCCUGACAGACUGAAUUCUGAAGGCUACUUCCCACUGUCUUAGCAGCCACUCCCUGCUGGAGUUGGCCACCAAUCCUGCAGACUUCAUCCUGGAGUGGGCAUGGGAGCUAGGGCUUUGAUGGAUGAGUAGGAAUUCACCAAAUCCAGGCAGAGGGGUCAUCCACUCCACAGGUCACUGCCGAGGUAGGAGAAUGUCUGCCCUGCACAAUUUCCACGUGUUUUGAGGCCCACCAGGGUGAGCCGUUGACUGUGACUCAUCUGGAACGCAUCUGGGGGAUGAAGUCAGAGUGAGAGACCUGAACUGGGGGACCUUGAGGCAUACGUGUGAAUGUCAGCUGUGUUGUGUGGCUCAAGGAAAGUGGCUUUCCCAUUCUGUGCCUCAGUUUCCUUGUGUUUACAAAACUAAUUCGAAUGACUGUUAAGCACCUACUUUGUGCCAAGCGCUUUUUCUCGUGGCUUCUCCCUUCCUCAGCCAGCCUGGAGAAGGCUGGAGGUGGUGGCAUCAUCCCCAUUUUACAAAUGAGGCAACUGAGGGCUGACACAGGGCAGAGACUUGUCCCACGAUCGCCUGGUGAGUCUUGGCAGAAGGGAGCAUCAGUCAGGCCCUGUUUGGUUGCUGUCAUUGAGAGAGCUUGAGAAACCAGUGCCCUAUACACCAGACUUCAGGUCUGGCUUUGCCUGGUGAUGGUGUGUGACCCAGGAGAAGUUGCUUGGCAUCUCAGAGCCUCUGAUUCCCCACUUGGAGGCAGCGGUGACAUCCUUUGCGCCACUUGGUGAGGGUACUCUCUAGGCGCUGCAGCCCACUCAGCAUCCCCCUCCCUAGACCCCAGCCCAGUGCUGUCUGGUGUUGGAGGCAAGACUGAGGCUGUGCAUGACUCGCCUGCUCCUUCCAUCCUAGAGAUGGCAGUGAAUAAAAGCCUACAUUUACAAGAAGAGGUCUAAUGUCUUGAUUUGUGAGGACCUGAGAAGGGGCGGAACGAACAGUGGAAGGGGUGGGACGAAAACAGCCCCUUGGUUCAGCAAAGUGGACCUAGAGCCUCUCAUCCGUCAGCUCCAGCCCUCUCAUUCAUGCAGUAAAGCUCCAUCACGCUUCCUAUUGGGUCGUUUGAAGUGAACUUUGAAGGCUAUAUAGGAGUUCGUCAUUGAGAUGCUCCCUGGUGCUUUCUCUGGUCCUCACUCGCUACCUUCCCCUGCGAGGACCCUUCCUAGGUUCUGCCUUGAAAGGUUUCAUCCAGACACGCCCCUAGAACCCUUAACUGUGCUUAUAAAAUAAACCAUCUUUAUUUUUUCCA